CAAAAGCCGGCAAAUCACCCAAUUACAAUAAAACUCCCCUUUCCCCUCUUCCCCAUCUCUCUCUCCCUCGCUUCUAUAAAAAGUCAACGGUCAAACCCACCACCCCUAAUGGCAUCUUCACUUUCCUCAAUGCUCACCGGAGAUCCAUCAUCGGAACAAACCAAUUUCACAGCCGACGACGCCGACAUCUUUGACCAUCUACCAGACCCAAUAAUCUUAACAAUCUUCAACAACAUUUCCGACAUAAAAACAUUAACCCGAUGCCGAGCCGUGUCUCGUCGGUUCAACUCACUAGUCCCACAAUCUGACUCACUAACACUCCGAGUCGACCGAGUCAUCAACUCAGUUGAUUCGGAUGACGAAAAUGAUCCAUCCCCUGUAAUGGGUUUCAUCAAAUCCAUCGUGAAGUUAAUCCACGACUUGAUUUCCGUCCCAAAUGAUGUAGAAAACCGGCAAGUUUUGACCCAAAACUCGCCGGCGGCGAUUUUGAGAGAAUUUGAAAAAGUUAAAGAACUUGUGAUUGAGUUACCAAACGGUGAUUUAAGAUUAGAAAAACGUGUUGGGAUUAAAUGGAAAGCUGAGUUUGGAAAAAGUUUAAAAAGUUGUGUGAUUUUGGGUUUCCGGUGCGGCGGCGGCGGAGAAGGCGAUUUAGGCGGCGGCGGCGGGUUAAAGACAAGGGUAGUUUGGACAAUAAGUGCAUUAAUUGCGGCUUCUGCUAGACAUUUUAUGGCAAGAGAGAUUGUGAAAGAAAAUAGUAAUUUAAAAAAGUUAAUUGUGAUGGAUAAAGAAGGGGAAGGGGUAGUAAUUAUGAACGAAUUCGGUAUAAAUGAAUUUCGAGACGAUUUUAACGAAGUUAGGGAAGGGACUAAUGAGGAGGAACAAGGGGGGAUAAAUGGUGGGGUAUGGUGGAGAAGUAAUAGGACUAGAGUGCCGGCGGUUUGGAUGCGAAUGAGGCACGAGGCGAGGUUAGAGUUGUCGAAUGGCGUGGUUUUAGAAGGGGCUACAUUAGUCGUGGUUAGACCGACUAGUAUUGGUAGCAGUGUCGAGGAUGAGGAAAAGUGGGACCAAGUAUUGGUAUCGGGUGAUAGAGGGUUUGAGGGUGUGUAUGGUGAGGCGGUCGCGAAACUUAUUAAACGUAGGAGUUAUCUGCUUGAGAUGGAUUCGUUUUGACGAAAAUUGGGGGAUCCUCCUGGUCUUCAUCUAGUGAACGUUGGAGCAUAUCUUGACUGAUAUUGUAGCUGUUUGAAGAUAUUCUCCUCAUGCUGAAUUCCUCUUGAAGUCCGAUUAUGAUGCUGGACUAAGUCUUCUUUGCGUGUUGAUCAAAUAAGACAUGUGUUGAAUCUCUUUUGUACCGUUAGAGAUAUUUCCCUUGUGAUAAAUAUCAAGCUACCUGCAUAAUAUUCUCAUAGAAACAAUACUUGAAGUUUAUCGUUAGUAAUUUGUCAAGGCAUGUCAAGAUCCUGAAGGUCCAUGAUCUUGAGGUCCCAAGAUAAUGAAAUCUGAAAUUUCACCCAUAACAGUAAUACCAUUUGAAAUGAAAUGUGGGUAAAAGUAUGGAUGUUCAAUUUAUAAACAAAAGCUUACUUCAA